AUGUUGCAGAAGCUUCCCAAAAGGCUACUGCGCCACCCGCAAAUCAGCUGGCUAAUAUCAUAUACACAUCCCUAUCUGAUUUGCAUCGCUUCUUCGUUGCGUCCGUAUACCAGUCCUCAGGAUCACAUUUAUUAUUUGAAUUAUUAUUUAGCCACUAAUAGACAUGUCGAUAAGCUUCCGUCUUCUGCUUAUAAUACUGGUGGCUCAUCCUGUAAAAGUCUCCAGGAUAUGAUACGACCGCAGCAAACACGGAGGCGACACUUAAUCUCAUUCCUAUUAGGGUGGACAAUGGGAUUACUGCUCGUUCUGACCAUCACUGGAAACGCUAUCGUGUGGUGCCGAUCUUACGAAACACCGAUCUAUCUAAUUCCUUACUACCUCCGUGAUGUAAACACCCGCUUCCACCAUUAUGCCUCGGUCAGGAAGCGCAAGGACGGUCCCUUGUAUAUGAAUGCAGAGGACUUUGUUUUGGCGUUGUUGGGAGCACCAGAAAAAAAACUGAAAAAAUUCUCAACCGCAUCAGGCUUACAUAAUUUAUUCACCGGUAUAGACUCCGAUUGUGAUGGCUGUAUUGGUUUCCCUGAGUUUCGCUUUAUCUUUUCACUUCUUACCAGCCGACCACAGGAUAUACGCCAGCUUUUUCGAAUUGUAGACAAAGAGGGGCAAGGCUCAUUAAGUCUUGACCAAUUUGCAGACGUGCUGCGUAGCCUUACAAAGGACGAGGCCGUCGUGCGUUCGUUGUUUUCGCCAAUUAGUCGAAGAGGGGGUCUCGUGCGAAAGCUUUUUGGUGACAAUGUGCAACCACGGCGCUGUUCCUUUCAAGAAAUCAAUAACAUCGUGCAUGCCAUCCGGGUUGAAGUGUGGAAGGCAGAAUUUCAGCAGUUUGAUAUCGACCAAAAGGGGUUCAUCACUGCGGAAGAAUUUUCAACACUCCUUGCGAGACACGUGCUUGGGUCACAUUUACCUUUGUAUUUGGUGGAGAGCAUUCGGAAGCGGAAAGGAGCCACCGCCAAUGUGUCGCUUGAUGCAUGGCUUGGAGUUCAUGAGGUUCUACAAGCAGCCGAGAAACUGGGGACGGACUUGGAGCUGCACUGCGCCUCGGGACUCCCAGUUACACGAGCUGCCUUUUCUCGCAUUCUCCGCAUCGCAGAUGCCCCGCUCACGGAUGACGUUCUCAGUAUUGUGUUCUCUUUAUUUGACAAAAAUAACGAUGGUGCUAUCGAGAUGGAUGAGUUUCUCUAUAUCAUGAAGCAGAAGAUUGGCUACCAUUACCGUACCCCACCUAGACAUGUCAAGGGCCUUGGAGAACUCUUUGUGCAGUGCGUAAAAGAAGCUGCGGAUAGGUGACAAUGUUAUCAAAGCGAACCGCUCAAACUUGAGUAUUUUCCUUCUAUCAGUCUAUCUAUACCGUUGUGUAAGGAAUUAGAAAAGAUUUUUAGAAAUGAACUUUAUCGCCAUUUUUGUAGGAAUCUAUCGCCAUAGUGGGAAUAUCUAUGU